UAAACCCAUUUCAAAGAAGAGAUCUCUACAAACUACAAUUGUGGAAAGUUUCUUGUCUGUACUGGGACCAGAACAUAAGAUUAUUGCAGUCUACUUUUUGGACCCAAAACCUCUCCCCCUUUCCCCUGCACUCUGAUAAAAGCUUCCAAGAAACUGCUUAACAUCAGCAGUGGCCUGAGUAUGUUCAGCAGAAGAGGCUCUCCCCCAGAAGAUGAGAUCAGAUAUGAUAGACAGCAACAACACCAAAUCUAGUGCCCCUCUCCUGGAUCAAAGGCACUUGAGGAUGGUGACUAAAGAUGGACACAGCACACUACAGAUCGAUGGCACCCAAAGGAAAGGUCUAGCAUACCUACGAGAUGCUUGGGGAAUACUAAUGGACAUGCGCUGGCGAUGGAUGAUGCUAGUCUUUGCUGCUUCUUUUGUCAUCCACUGGCUAGUCUUUGCAGUGCUCUGGUACCUCCUGGCUGAGAUGAAUGGGGACCUGGAGUUGGAUCAUGAUGCCCCACCUGACAACCACACCAUUUGUGUUAAGUAUGUCACCAGCUUUACAGCUGCUUUCUCCUUCUCCCUGGAGACACAGCUCACUAUUGGUUAUGGCACCAUGUUUCCAAGUGGGGACUGUCCUAGUGCUAUCGCCCUGCUUGCCAUACAGAUGGUCCUGGGGCUCAUGUUGGAGGCCUUCAUCACAGGUGCUUUUGUGGCAAAGAUUGCCCGUCCAAAGAAUCGCGCAUUCUCCAUCCGCUUUACUCAUUCUGCAGUAGUGGCGCACACAGAGGGCAAGCCAUACCUUAUGUUCCAGGUGGCCAACACUCGUCCCAGCCCACUCACCAGUGUUCGGGUUUCAGCUAUUCUUUACCAAGAACAGGAGAAUGGUCAGCUGCAUCAAACUAGUGUGGAUUUCCACCUGGACAGUAUCAUGUUUGAGGAGUGUCCAUUCUUUAUCUUUCCACUGACCUACCACCACUCUAUUACCCCAUCUAGUCCUCUAGGUGUUCUCCUACAAGGGGAUACUCCUCGCCAUUUUGAGCUCGUAGUCUUCCUCUCAGCAAUGCAGGAGGGCACAGGCGAAACAUGUCAGAGGAGGACAUCCUACCUCCCAUCUGAGAUCAUUCUACACCAUCGCUUUGCUUCCAUGCUGGCCCGAGGUGCCAAAGGAGAAUAUCAGAUCAAGAUGGAGAAUUUUGACAAGACUAUUCCUGAGCUCCCAGCUGCAGCAGACUCUAAGAGUCCAAAGAGGACUGACAUGAAAAUUCGCAUCAAUGGACAGCACACUGACAGCUUCCAGAUUUCCGAGACUGGUCUGAUAGAAUAGAAUUUGGACGUGGUGCCAUUUUUAAAAAAAAAUUUUUACAUUAAACUUUCAGGUUAAACUUCCAGCCUUCCUUUUCCUCCUAUUUUCUAUU